AUGCCAAUUGAGAUCAAAGUGACUGUCAAUACGGGCGCUAUUUGCAUCAGCUCUGGUUUGGUUCAGGACUGGGUUAUAACGAACAGAAUAUUGGCCUUAAUCGAGAAUCACAACAGUUAUGGUUUACUUGUCUUCGUAACGUCAACGCCGACCGUUAAGACCGCCUCCGACCUGACCAUUGAGAGCGCCCUUCCGGUCAACAGUGACUUCAAGUGUGAAAUCGGUAAACAAUACUUACAGUAGAACUUAAAGUGAAUUUAAUUCCAUACUUUUCAUUAACAUAAAUGUUUAAAUUAAUAU